AGUCUUCGGUAUUUUACAUCCACGGCGAUGGAGGAAACCGAGACCGAGAAUGUUGCGUGCAGUUUUUUAAUGGAUCUCUGAGAGGUUGUUUGGCUGUCCCCGCAACAGAAACUGUGACAGUGUCCGUGUUACUUAUCAAUUUCGCAUUCAAGCAUUUUCGCGAAUUAACGCGUGUUUCGUGUGUGACAUAACCCUUAAUUUUCAACGAAGAUGUCGCAUGAUCACAUGGCGCACAUGAUGAAUAUAUCGGGUAGCCAUACGGCUCAUGAUGCUGUCAUGUCUCAUUCAAGCAUGGAGGACCAUGGUAUGGGCUCUAUGGAUCAUGGCAGUAUGGAUCAUGAUGGUAUGGACCAUACAGGUCAUACUGGAGCUUCCACUUCGGAUCCAUGUGCCGAUAUGGGGAUGCACGGUAUGUCGAUGACAUUCCAUGGAGGAUAUUGUGAAAGUGUACUGUUCGAGUCCUGGAAAAUUUCUUCGAUCGGUGGUCUCAUUGGGUCGAUGAUUGGUAUCAUGAUCAUGGCCGCGCUUUACGAGGGUUUAAAAUAUUAUCGAGAAUACUUAUUUUGGAAAACGUAUAACGCUCUUCAGUACCGAAGCGUCACGAUACCUCCAGAAAAGAACGUUGUGGCUGAAGACAAUCGAGUCGUACAUAUGGUUGGAGAAGUAAUUCACAAACAGCCGCCCACAAUGUUAUCAUGGAUGCAUACAUUUCAAACGUUCUUACACAUUGUGCAAAUCGUGCUGUCAUAUUUCCUCAUGCUGAUCUUCAUGACGUACAAUGUUUGGUUGGGAUUUGCCGUAGUGUUCGGUGCAGCGAUCGGUUACUUCUUAUUUGGAUGGAAAAAAUCUGUUAUCGUAGAUGUCACAGAACAUUGUCAUUAGCUGUUUACAUGUUUAGAUUACAUUCUAUUAUCAUAAUAAAAAAUGUACAUACGUGUACACUGCCGCGAAGUUCAUACUGAUCAGAGAAGCUCUGAAAUAAUUAAUUAUAUGCAGUAAACAUGUGCAGGAAACAUAAUUUUGCCAAAUUCACGAUAUCUAAAAAAAUAUACGAUGAAAAAUAUUUUAGUUUAUUCUUAUGCAUAGUUAUUUUAUGCAUACAGAAUGUUAUUUUCAGUUGUUUGCUAAAAAGAUUGUACGAUUUAAUUAUUAUUCGAUAACAAAUAUAUACAAAAGGCAAAUUUGUAUACAAAAAUAUUGGAAGAUAGAUCUUUGACAUGAACGACUAUAGCACAUUUACUAUGUAAAUAUUGUUAAGAAAUUUAAAUAAGAAAAGUGAGAUGCGCGCACACUUUUCUCCAAACUUUUACACGUUUACUCAUAAUUUUGUAUUGUAACAUACUUUACACCCGUUUAUUGUUCGAUUGACUAAUGUUUGAACAAAAGUGUGCAGUACUGCUUUGCAUAUUGCAUACGUUACGAUGUACUGUUACAAUAUAAUAAUAUUAACAAUUGUAUUAUUAAAAAGUAAUCUAGAAACUAUUAUUAUUUGUAAAAUAUAAGACAAUAUAAAUACAAAUUCACUUGUGUAAUUAAAAAUCAAA